UAAUAUUUGUAUACGGCUCCAUCUCCAUGUUGGCUCAAAGGCUUAUUCUACACAAGAUUAAUGGAGAAAUUUUAUGCUUAUUUAAGCGAGAUUAAUAUUACUCUAUAGUAAAUCUAACUAGUUGAUGUUAAUAUAAGUCUGUGAUAAUUAUACUAAAGUGUCAAUCGCUGCGUGCGAUAUAUAGAUCUGUGAUUGAUAUAGUGAUGGCAGAUUCACCAUCAGAAUCUGAUUCGAGCUCCCUAGACGGGGGAGCAAUGCUACCUCCUAGUCCUGUGUCAAGAGAGCACAUGCAGAAGCGGAUUGAAAGCUUGCAGCAACAAAACAAAGUCUUGAAAGUUGAAUUAGAAACAUAUAAAUUACGUGUGAAAGCUCUUCAGGAAGAAAAUCGUGGUUUACGACAAGCAUCUGUAAUUAUUCAAGCUAAAGCGGAGCAAGAGGAAGAAUAUAUAUCCAACACGUUAUUGAAGAAAAUUCAAGCGCUAAAAAAAGAGAAAGAAUCUCUAGCCCAUCAUUAUGAACGAGAGGAAGAGUGUCUGACUAAUGAUUUGUCAAGGAAAUUGAAUCAGUUGCGCCAAGAAAAAUGUAGGUUGGAGCAAACGCUAGAGCAAGAACAAGAGUGUCUUGUGAAUAAAUUAAUGAGAAAAAUAGAAAAGUUAGAAGCCGAAACUCUAGCCAAACAAACAAAUCUUGAACAACUUAGAAGAGAAAAGGUUGAACUCGAAAAUACUCUGGAGCAAGAGCAAGAAGCUUUGGUUAACAAAUUGUGGAAGCGAAUGGAUAAACUAGAAGCUGAAAAAAGAUCACUUCAAAUUAAAUUGGAUCAACCAAUAUCAGAUCCUGCUAGUCCUAGGGAUAUGAAUAAUGGAGGAGAUACUGCAGCGAAUCUUAGUGCUCAUAUUCAGAUUUUGCGGUCAGAAGUUAACAAAUUACGGCGAAAUUUGGCUCAAUCGCAGCAAGAGAAUACAGAAAAAAUGAAGAGAUAUGUACAGGAAGAGCGCUGUAUUCGUGAAGAGAACCUUAGACUACAAAGAAAACUGCAAUUAGAAGUGGAACGCAGAGAGGCUCUUUGUCGGCAUUUGUCUGAAAGUGAAUCGUCUCUAGAAAUGGAAGAAGAGCGACAUUAUAAUGAAAGUGUUAUAGGUGGUGCAGCUAGACAAAGAACAAUUAGUUCACCAAUUCCUCAAGCAGGUAUUGUAGGAAGUUACGCUCAAACUAACCCAAGCCCUUCAGCCAGCCGUCCCUUAAGUCCUGGACCGGGUAUAAGGUGUUAUGCCUGUGGACAAGCACAAGUACCACCUUGCUGUCCAAAUUUAGGAAGUACAUUUCACCCUAUAGUGUCAUCUAGCCCACCUGCACCUGUUCUCUCUGCUCGAAGGACAAGUGAGAGGUUCAUUAAACCAGCCAUACCAACAAUAGGCCUUUCAGUUAGUAAUACAAGUGCUAAUAUGUGUAGCAACUUGAGUAUUAACAGCGUAAGCAAUAAUAGCAGUCUAAAUAUGCCUGGCUCUGUAACUCCAAUGGACACUGCUUGUAAAGACUGAGAACAUAACAAAACGAUUUAUACCAGAUACAGCCACUUGCUAAAAUGAAUUUAUGCUGUGGAGGUGAUUUUCUUGUUAUUUUUUAAAAAUCUGAAUGAUAUGAAUUAAUUAAUUAUUUACUCAAUGAGUGUUAAUAUCUU